GCAGCAGCACCAGACACCAGCACCAGCACCGGCACCAGCACCAGCAACAUUUCAGGAUCAAAACUUACACAAAAUAUUUCAUUCAUAAUCUCUAAAACAAGAGACCCUUUUAGCUCUUCUCCCCAAAGCUCUCAACUUUUCCCUCAGUUUUUGCAUGGCAGUGACCUUACUGGCACAUGAGGUAUCUGACCUCUGUCUCGGCAAGCCGGCGCUGAGGGCUCUUUCCGUGUCCGCCUCCAUCGCCGACGCUCUCUCCGUGCUCAGAAACUUCGAGGAUAACUUCAUCAGCGUCUGGGAUUGCGAGCACAACAAGGUGCAUGAAAGUGGUGAUGCCUUUUUGUGUCAAUGCGUUGGCAAAAUUUGUAUGGUGGAUGUGAUUUGUUAUCUUUGUAAAGAUGAAAACUUGUUGUCUCCUUCUGAUGCAUUGAAGGCACCUGUCUCUGUGCUUCUGCCUAAGAUUCCGGGACUCGUGGUGCAUGUGGAACCAUCUUGCAGUUUACUUGAAGCAAUUGAUCUCAUGCUUGAAGGAGCACAAAACCUGGUAGUACCAAUCAAGAACAGACUGAGCACAAGAAGAAAACAGCUCCAAAAGCUCUCACCAACCAGUCCAACAAGCCACAAUGGCCGAGAAUUCUGUUGGCUAACUCAGGAAGAUGUAAUCCGAUUCAUUCUCAGUUCCAUUGGCCUUUUCUCUCCAAUUCCUGCACUUUCCAUUGACACUCUAGGCAUUAUAAGUUCUGAUAUUAUUGCUGUGGACUAUGACUCCCCUGCCUUAUUGGCCCUUGAAGCAAUCUCUCGCUCACUUAUUGAUCAAACCUCAGUGGCAGUGGUUGACACUGACGGCAUUCUGAUCGGCGAGAUCUCGCCCUUAACACUCGGUUGCUGUGAUGAGACGGUGGCUGCCGCCAUCACAACACUCUCCUCUGGGGACCUUAUGGCAUACAUUGACUGUGGAGGACCCCCGGAGGAUCUUGUUAGGGUGGUGAAAGACAGGCUCAAGGAUAAAGGCCUGGAAGGAAUGUUGGAACAAUUCAAUGUCGACUCGAAUUUAUUGUCAUAUUUGUCUGCAAGUUCUUCAUCAGAUGAGGAAUCAAUGACAAGCACUCCAAAGUUAGCAAGAUCAGGAAAGCAUAGCAGGUCAAUGAGCUAUUCAGCAAGAAUAGUAAGGAGAGCAGAAGCGAUAGUUUGCCAUGCGAAGAGUUCUCUAGUCGCAGUUAUGAUUCAGGCAAUUGCACAUAGAGUGAAUUAUGUUUGGGUUAUAGAGGAGGAUUGUAGCUUGGUUGGAAUUGUAACAUUUUCUGACAUGUUAAAAGUUUUCAGGGAACGUUUAGAGAGCAUGACCUGAAAGAUGAGGAGCUUUUUAGUAAAGUUCUAGCUUCUCAUUUGAAGGGUCCGGAGCUGAAGUGAAGAUGUUAGAGAAGAAGGAAAUAAAAAAAAAAAAUAAAUAAAUAAAAAUAGUAAAGCUAUGUGAAUAUGGCUCCUUUUUUGUUUUAAUCAUCUGGGUUGAGAAGUUUGUUCUUUUGUUUGUACGAAUUGUAAUGGGUAUCAUUUCUUUAAUUUGUGUUGAUCCUAAUCCUGUUAAUUUAUUUCAUCUAGAGUGACAGGCAAAGGAAGAAGAUUUAUAUAUU